GCUUUUAUUGUUUCUACACAAACAAGCACAGCAGAAUUUUCAUAGUUCAAUAUUCUAGUACAGGCAUUCCAACACAUUCCAACAAUCACGUCUUGAUUGUUUUGGAACAUCUCAGGAAAGCCAUAAGUCAAUUAGAAGGUUACUAUUAGUUGGAAGGCGACUUGUAUGGGAAUGAAAUAGAAGAAAAUUUCUCUAAUUCUGGCCCAAAGGUUGAAUUUUGAAGAAAAGGAUCUUAUAAUGAUCCAGUCCUUGCCUCCAGACUUUCAGUGUACUUUUCCCAUCAGGUAUAAAUCUGUACCAGCAGUCUGUAUGGCUGUUGAGUGAUGGGUAUAAUUUUAAGUUCUCCACAACACUCUGACUUGACAAUUUUUACUGUGCAAAUGGGAACUGUUCUUUUACCAUGAUCUGAUGUACCAGAUGACCCACAGAAUUUCUUUCUCAAAAUCAUUCAAUGAUCUUGAGGAACAAGACUGAAUGUGUCUCAUCUUCUGACAGGCAGAAGACUGAAAGUGUCUUGUCUUCUAAUGGGCGUCCUGAUUUGAUUUUCUUUUCCCACAGAGAAGGGGGAAAAAAAGGACAAUCUGUCGUGUGGCACUCCCACUUGCAGUACUUUGGUUUAAGAUUAUCUACACUGUUUGAAUACAAAACUUCCCCAUUACAAAAGAAUACCGCUAUAUUAAGUAACGUAAUAUAUCCUGUGCCACAGAGUUACAAAUAUUUCCCAUUCAGGUGGGAAAUACUCCUUGCAUAUACAGAGAUCUCUCUCCUGCCGUUAACAAUAGCGGUGCAUUGUCUGCGGUACGGCAGUGGGCCUCCCGGGCAGCAUGUGGGUGUGGGAAGAGGCGAGCAGCCCCGUCCGCAGGGCGAUGAGGCGGAGGAAGCCGCUGGGCUGCGCCUGCAAUCGGGCUCGGGGCUGCGGGACCCGCGCGUCGCCUUCAGCCAGCGCCAGCCCCGACGCGGGGCCGGGGACCCCGCAUCCACCGCCCGCUCCGCUCCGCUCCUCUCGGCUCGGCGGCAGCCGCCCGCAGGACCCAGCCGAGCAAGCCUUGCCACUCUCCCUGACUGGAAUGGAGAUUUCUUCCCACCAGUUUCACCUCCUGGAGCAGCUCAACGAACAACGGAAGCAGGAUUUGUUCUGCGACUGCAACAUCCUGGUGGAGGGAAAGGUCUUUAAAGCCCACCGCAAUGUGCUGUUUGCCAGCAGCGGCUACUUCAAAAUGCUCCUCUCGCAGAGCGCGAAGGAGACGAGCCAGCCGACGAUCGCCACUUUUGAGGUCUUCUCUCCAGAGACAUUCAUGGUUAUCCUGGACUUUGUAUAUUCAGGCAUAUUGUCUUUAACCGGACAAAAUGUGAUCGAAGUCAUGUCAGCUGCGAGCUAUCUGCAGAUGACAGAUAUCCUUAAUGUCUGUAAGACAUUCAUUAAGUCCUCACUGGAUAUUAAUGAGAAGGAAAAGGAUCAUUACCUCAGCCUCUCCGCCAAGAGUACAAACAGUGAACCUGCCAAUCCAUCUCUUUAUCGGUCAAGAAGGAAAGCAAAGAGCAACCCGCGGCGUUCCUAUUCAGUCCCGGAAGAAAAGACUAACACGGUGAAUGAAAAUUCCUGGAGCAGUUACAGCAGUUACCUGUCCUCGCAAGUCAUUCUUCAGCGGGCAGAGACACAGCUCUCCAAAAGAGGCAGAAAACAGGGCUCGACCAGAAAGCGCCGAAAGCACCUGGGGUUGUCGCAGAGCCGGGAUUUCGUGCAGAGUAAAGCGAACAAAGCUGAGCGGGCGGGCGGAGGCGGCAGCGUGUCCGAAUCCGGGCACAUCCCUCGGGCUGGAGAGGAGGCUGGAUUCGACGCCGAGAACGACGCUGGUCAGGAUGGUUACGGAUAUAAUCACGAAGCAGAAGUGAUACCCAAGAGAUGGUCCGUCGCUCAGCUCGAACAAGAGCUUUCAAGAACUCCCGAGUUCAUGGAGUUAAAAGCAGAGGAACUGUACACCUCCAUGCCCACAAUUUUAGGUGUCAUGAGUAGUUGGAAUGAAGAUGACCUCCCUCGGAUGCGAUUCAAAUGCCCCUUCUGCACGCACACAGUGAAGCGACGCGCAGACCUGAAGCGGCAUCUUCGGUGUCACACGGGGGAGCGACCGUACCCCUGCGAGGCGUGUGGGAAGAGGUUCACCCGGCUGGAGCAUCUACGGAACCACUUCCAAACGAUACAUCAGGCUGGCAAACUGAUCUGCAGAAAAUGCAAGCGCCACGUAACCGACCUCACAGGAUGUGUUGUUCAGCAGGGAACAAGACGCUACAGACUGUGCCAUAAAUGUCUAGCAGAAGCUAAUUUUGACAGCAUCCCUGAUGAUUUAGAUGCAGAACAUUCUCCUGUCUCCUCCACGGGAAACAAAUGUUCCAAAUGGGCUUUGGAGGAGGAACAGAAAUCAGAGGAAGAGACAAUGGAGGAGGAACCCUAUAACUUGGUUGUCCGACACGUUAAGGAUGAUAUUCCAGAUGAGGCAGAGGAAAAGGUGAAACCAAAUCUUAGGUAGAUAUAUUUGUGUAUACUUGUUACUGUUGUAUUCAAGAUUAAAUUACUUGUCUCCUACCAACUAUUGCUGGUUUAUUACUUUCAUUAAAAUGAAAUAAUGCUAAGAUUCUAUUAUGAGAAGCAAAAUAAGGACUACAAGUUGUUUUAGAGACAAGCAACAGUGUAACAGCUUCUAAGUAUCAUCUAGAAAGUACUUAGAAAGAUUGGUUUCUAUUUCAUCGGAUUUGCUCAGAGUUCCUGUUCAUAAAGCAACUGUGAUCCAAUUUACAGUCCUACAAAGAUUCUAUACAACAUAAAUUUUUAAAAAACAAAUAUUGAUAAUUUGCUUUGAAAAAGUCUUCCUAAAGCAAGCAGCUAAGAAAUGUAAACCCCAUUUUUGUUGACACUGUAAUUUACAUGUAUAUACACUUCAGAAACUUCCUAAGAAAGGAGAAAACAAGUGGAAUUCUUUCUGGUGAAGAACCUAUUUAGAAGAGCUUUGUUUUCUGAGUGAGCUUACCUGCUUCUUAUAUUUGAGAAAAGCAUGAUUAGUUUUAAAUAAUACACACAGCCAUACAAAGUAGAAUAAUGAACAGAGUAUCUCUAGUGCACUUGGAUAGUACGAGUUUGCCUUUUCAGAUAUGCAGUGGGUUUGUACUGUGAAUUUUAAAGAAAGAUACACUAACGUGGU